GCCUCAUCAGCUGACCGGCGCAAUUCGGGAGAAGACAUCAUUUUAUGAAUGAUUUAAGCUGUCGCUUUUAAUACCAAUUAAUUUCUUCAUCUUCGCUUUUUCGUCUGAUCCUUAUUUCCGUCGACUACAAUAAAAUUGUCGGCACAGAAUGUCUCGCCUUCGAGGCAUCCGUCUAAAUCUCCAUUCUUCCAAACCAACCAUCAAAUCAGAAUCCUCGUCUGAUGCAGCAUGGUCCCCAAUCGGGCUAGGCAAUGACAAAUUGCGGGGUGAACUUGAAGAAUUAUACUGGAAAGGUGUUGAAAACGAGCUCGAAAACAUAGUUCGCACCUUGGAAGUAUGGCAGCGGCCUGAAUUUGCGGAUGUGACUGUACCGGAUGAAAAAGAUGAUUUCAUACAUGGAUUCGAUACAUUUAUCAAUCAGGUCAGCCAAGAGGCGCGAGAAUUUGCUCUAAGCUAUGAUCUCAAGGGAAAUAAUAAGGAACACAUUAAAUACCCGGCUGCCCUGCAAGAGGUCGUGAUCGACCGCAAAGCAGAGUAUAUCAGCUCAAAGAUAAAAUCAUCUGUCAGAAAAACGAUUGAUGACUUACCAAAUCUCUCUGGCAUUGAAAAACGAGCUUGGAUGCUACUUCAGGCCACGGGAUUUCUUGAUAUUGAAAAGUUUAUAGAGCAUCAACCAUUGGCGAAGAAAAAACCAGCUAUCCCACAGCUUGAUCUAUCAUGCUUCGAUCAGUAUGGUAUACCACAAUUUCGACCCAUGCAUUGUGCACGGCCAGACUGCAAUGCCAUCAUCAGCGGAAGCAUGUUUACUUCUCGUAAUCGAGACGAACCGCGAGUGAUCUGCGAGGAUUGUUACUGGCACUUUUACUACGGUAAAGAAUCUUAUUCAAAAUCGUAUAAGCAUUGCAUUCUACCAGAGGUCAUUACGCCGGAAGUUGCUAGAAAAAUUUGCCAUUGUCAGGUAGCCGGUGUCUAUGAGAACGACGAAAAACCACCGGCAUCAUUUCCAAUCUCUAAAAAUACCACCAACCAUGCAAAAUUAACCGGCCAUGGGGCUAUAGUGUGUGACUUGCUCAGGCUAAAAGAUAUAAUAACCGAUGCAAAAUACGAAGGAAUUGAACAAAGUACAGGGGCUAAGAGAACGACAUACUCGCGGCGACUUAUUUCAAAGCUUACUGUUCCAAAGAUACCAGGUAGAAGUCAUGAAAACAUGUCGAACAAGCAUCAAGCGCACAAAUUCAGUAAAGUGAAUUCGACGGAAAAAUCGACCACCAACGGUAAUCGCCAAUACCAGAAUCUCGUCACAGAUCCAUAUGAAGACACAGACAUCCCGCACUGUUUCAGAAAGCAUGCUGAAAAAGACCCAUUUGGAGAAGUUCACAUGGCGCUUCGAGUUGGACCAUUGAUAAUUGAGAAUGGUGUAGUGCAGACCAAAAAAGGAGCACUUAUCACGCUGCGCGAGGCGCCCGUUUUCCAUCAGCGAUCAAACUUUUCUGGAAAUCCAAUCCGAAACCUCGCAAUCACAGGCUCUAGGGAUCGAGCUUUGUGGCAACAAGUCCAACCUUCCAGGAAGGCUAGAAAUUACAAAGCAGUCAUGAAGCAAGUUGUGGGUGCUCCUUUUAGCGGGCUUCUUCCCUUCGGCUCAGAGCUUGAUAUUGUUCGUGAAAUUUUGAUAGUGAGCAAAUCGUACUCCGAAAAGGACGAUAGCAUUCAAUCAGGACUCGGAGAAUUACUGAAGAAGGCCAAAACGAUUCUGCAAAGUCGUGUUACGGUUUACCUUGAUGUCAUCACGGAUAAGCUUCUGAGUCCAGAAACAUGCCUUAUCGGGGAUGGCGCCAGGAACAGUCACAAUACAUUCUGUAACUCCCUUAUCAACCAUCAUAUCUUUGAACCACUUGUCCAUGGACCAAAUAAAUUCAAGGACCUCGAGUCAGAGCCACUAUAUCUCAUGAGCUUCGUUUGUCCCGAUGAAGGUUAUAUGCAACCAAAGAUCAGGACCAAGUUCGAUGUUCCUAACGGACUAACGCAAGAGUAUCUGCUACGUUUAUACUUUGGUAGGCACAAUGAAGCCGACAUCAUCGACACGUACCAGGAGUAUUGGUACGAUUGGGGCGCUUUUGGAGGUCCAUUGUAUAGAUAUCAGGAUCUUUUCCCUUGGGAUUGCACCGAAGCAUAUGGCCGUUAUCCAGUUUGCUGCGGGGAAUGCAACCUUUCUAAACAUAUCUGGGCGUUUCCGUUCGACUCUUGGUCAAUGGUUUCCCAUCAUUUGGCCCGGGAUCAGAAUAUGUAUGCACCAGACACACUAUCCAAGGGUGCCACUACAAUAGAUACAUCGACUUCGGCGGCCUGGAUGCGAAACCGGUUAAACGUAUUGAGUGCCUCGGCUCUUCUCUGUCGUGCAGCAGCAGCAAUGUCCAAAACAGACGCUUUUCGGAAAACAACAGCGUGGCUUCACUCUUCAGGAUCAGAACCAAGGGCUGGGCUACGAGCUCUACAGCCAUCUUUAGCCCGCGUGAAACUUGGGGGUAUCCACCGCGCUCAGCCAUACAGCCACUACUUUGAGGCCGGAAAUUUCGACCAAUAUUUCCUUGCGGAGUGGGCAUUGUGGCCAAGGUCAGAGCAAAUAGAAGCUUACGAGAAACUACGAAAUGAGCGCAUGAACCUUAAGGAUAUCAGUUCUUCAGGUGUAGCUGACCUGCCUUCGAAAUCUGGUGGUAUAGCUGGCCGAUUUCAGUUUUCCGGGAAUAGCAAACGCAAAUCCGAAGUGAAGAGAGAUACGUGGACAUUCGAUAGUGAUGACUAUUAUACAAAUGCAGGUUUCCCAAGUCAAACUCCUGGCAUAGCACCUGGGGCUGGUUGUGCUGUAACAAGCUGUGGAUCAAAAUGCGGCACUGGCUGUGGAAACAUCAGUUGUGGAGGUUCAGCUUGCGGAAGUCGAGGGGAUAGCAGUUCUGGAGGUGGUGGAGGUGGUAGUAGUAGCUGUGGUGGUAGUAGUAGUAGUGGAGGGGGAGGCGGAAGUAGUUGCGGAGGGAGUAGUAGUUGCGGAGGUGGCAGCAGUUGUGGAAGCAGUUAAUUCUACAAGCUCUAAGGAUAUAUAUUGUUCCAAAUGGAAAUGGGUCUAUAUUUGUUUUUCUAUGUAUGUAGCAUACAGAUAUCAAUUAAGUUCUAC